AUGGCCGAAGUCAACUCGAGAGAGGCCCUGCUCCAGGCUGGCGUCUCUCAGGCGCAAGUGGAGGAUGUUCUCCGGAACCUGCAGUCGCAGCAGCUGGUUCUGGCUCCUGCUCCGGAUCCCCAAAAAUCGUUUUCAACGGCUCUCUGGCGUGAAGAAUUCUCACCACUGAGCAAGGGGCAACUUGAGGAAAUGAAGAGAGUAUGCAGCCUCUCGGAAAGCGAUUUCGAUGCCCUUAGCGAUAUCCUUGAAAGGAGCUAUCGAUUCCACAGACGCCUCGGGAUUGGCAUGAUGGCAUGUAUGUUCGUCACGGGGCUCUCGGCGAUCCUCUUAUUGCUGUCAGGAAGAGCCUUUGAAAGGGGCGGUGACCCGCCUCCAUCCUAUGUAGGGGCGGUGACUUCGGCUGUUGUCUGCUUGUGCCUGGUGUUUGUGCAUGAGUGUGCACUGCCCAGAUCAAAUCGUCAGAUCGCCAGCGAUCUCAACCAACACUUCCGGGGGCAUGCAAGCAACUUGAGCUUCCAGAUCGCCGUCACAGACACGAAUUGUUGCAUGGAGAAGGGAUGGCGACUCGUGGUGUGCUUUGAAGCCAGGGCUGAUGGAAGCGUUUGA